AGCGAGGGCCGCCAUGGCCUUCUCCCAGGUGCAGUGUCUGGACGACAACCACGUGAACUGGCGUUCCAGCGAGUCGAAGCCCGAGUUCUUCUACAGCGAGGAGCAGCGGCUGGCCCUGGAGGCCCUGGUGGCCCAGGGUCGCGACGCCUUCUACGAGGUGCUGAAGCGCGAAAACAUCCGCGACUUUCUUUCGGAGCUGGAGCUUUCGCGUAUUGUGGAGGCCAUCGAGGUGUACGAUCCGGGCUCUGAGGACCCGCGGGUCUCGGGCCGCCGCUCCGAACUCCAGGACAACGGAGGCGUGGAUGCCAGCGAGGAUACCAGUGCGGCAGGCGGGCCCCCAGCUACGGCCGAACCGCUGCCCUCGCUGGAGUACUGGCCCCAGAAGUCGGACCGCUCCAUCCCGCAGCUAGACCUAGGCUGGCCUGACACCAUUGCCUACCGAGGUGUGACCCGGGCCAGCGUCUACAUGCAGCCACCCAUUGACGGGCAGCCGCACAUCAAGGAGGUGGUGCGCAAGAUGGUCAGCCAGGCGCAGAAGGUGAUAGCUGUGGUCAUGGACAUGUUCACUGACGUGGACAUCUUCAAGGACCUGCUGGAUGCCGGCUUCAAGAGGAAGGUGGCUGUGUACAUCAUUGUGGAUGAGAGUAACGUGAAGUAUUUCCUGCACAUGUGUGAGCGGGCCCGCAUGCACCUGGGGCACCUCAAGAAUCUUAGGGUACGCAGCAGCGGGGGAACCGAGUUCUUCACACGAUCAGCCACCAAGUUCAAGGGCGUCCUGGCCCAGAAGUUCAUGUUUGUGGAUGGAGAUCGGGCUGUGUGUGGUUCCUACAGCUUCACAUGGUCAGCUGCAAGGACCGAUCGGAAUGUGAUCUCUGUGCUGUCUGGUCAGGUGGUCGAGAUGUUUGAUCGGCAGUUCCAGGAGCUGUACCUUAUGUCCCAGAGUGUCAGCCUCAAGGACAUCCCCAUGGAGAAGGAGCCAGAGCCAGAGCCCAUUGUGCUACCGUCUGUGGUGCCCCUGGUACCCACAGGUACCAUGGCCAAGAAGCUCGUCAACCCCAAGUAUGCACUUGUCAAGGCCAAGAGCGUGGACGAGAUUGCCAAGACUUCCUCUGACAAACAGGAAGUUACGAGACCCCCUGGGCUGCGGGGCCCUGCAGUGGCUGAGCGCCCAGGGGAUCUCUCUGAGCUGCUACCGCCUGUCCACCCAGGGCUGCUCAACCUGGAGAGGGCCAACAUGUUUGAGUACUUGCCCACAUGGGUGGAGCCAGAUCCAGAGCCCGGCAGUGACAUCCUGGGCUACAUCAACAUCAUUGAUCCCAAAAUCUGGAACCCUCAGCCCAACCAGAUGAACCGCAUCAAGAUCCGGGACACGGCCCAUGCCAGCACCCAGCACCAGCUAUGGAAGCAGAGCCAGGGGGCUCGUCCCUGCCCAGAACCCUGCCUUCCCCCAGCACCCAGGGACUCACAGGAUAUAGUCCCAGCUGAGAAUGGCUUCUCCCAGGGGAACUCUGAACCGCAGGCUCCUGUACCUAAGCCCCGGACAGUCCCUGUGGCAAGUGUACUUGCCCAGGAUGGUAGUGAUAUUGGCUGGGCCCUGGAUACCCCAGAAAAGGAGACACCCCAAAACGGGAUAGACCCCAAGCUACCAAGCACAACCAGCGAGAGCCAGGUCCCACAGCAGCAGCAGUUACCUGUGACCCAGGAUGACCCUGAUGACCUGGAGACAGGACUCCCCAAUGGGCUGUAUGAGGAUGAGGAUGAGGAUGACGACGAUUAUGUGACCCUCAGUGACCAGGACAGCCUCUCGGGUAGCUCUGGCCCUGGCCCUGGCCACCGGCGACCCUCAGUGGCCUCAUCUAUGUCAGAUGAGUACUUUGAGGUGAGGGAGCGGUCAGUACCUCUUCAAAGGCGCCACUCAGAGCAGGUGGCCAAUGGACCAAGCCACCCACCCCGACGACAGCUGAGUGCCCCUCAUGUAACCAGAGGAACCUUUGGUGGACCCCUGAGUGGCCCCCUGUGGGCUCAGGGUCGGGGCAGAGAAGACAUAGAUGCAUCAAGGAUACAGGCACAACGCCCCGUGGACAGGCAGGCUCAGGGCCAGCAUUUCCACCGACAUGGAAGCACUACCUCAAGGACCCCAGGGCCUCCCCGUUACCGGCCUGCUGCUGAUGGUACCCAGAGCUCUUCCAAGAAAGCAAGCCCAGCAACAGCAGGCCCCAACCACUGGCAGCCCAAGGGUAGCCCAACACCCAGAAUGCUACCAGAUCCUGGGAGCCCAAGGCCAACCAGAAACACUCGCCUCCGAGCAGAGCUCAGGGCCACUGAGGAACAUCCCAGUCCCUUUGGAAUCCCCUACUCCAAAUUGUCCCAAUCGAAGCACCUAAAGGCCAGGGCAGGUGGCAGCCAGUGGGUCCCAUCCGACUCUAAGCGCAGGGCCCGAGACCACAAGGAACCCUAGCAGCCAAGAUGGACCCCAACCCCGCUCCAGGGGGCAGCAGGUGGGGGCGGGCAAUGCUGGUGCUCACCUGGUCAGUGCACCAGUACCAGGUGGCCAUGAUGGUCAGACCGAAGGUCAUCCCAGUCCAUGGGAGGUCUCCUGUGGAGGGGUCCCGGAACAUAUGCAUGGCGUCUGCUCGAGGCAGGUGGCAGGUGGUGUUGGGGAUGGUCCUGGACGGGGUGGCCUGGGCAUAUGCCGCCUCCAGCUGCUCAUAGCCACCAAUCUGGUUGAAAGCUGGAGGGUUGGGUACAGGGUUGGUUUUGGGUGGCCCUGACUCCCAGGCUCCUCCCAUCCUCACCUCACAGAUAACUUCAUGCAUCAAACUGGAACCCCUACCUCAUCUUUCCUGCUCCAGGGAGGGUUGAGGUUAUAAAAAAGAAAGAAAGUGAAAUAGAGUAUUUUAUUUGUAUUUAAAAUAACUAUUAAAUGAGCAUUUUGCACAUGGGCCCACAGUGUCCUGUUGGCCAGCAGGAUUCAUGGCUAGUCUCUGGAAGCCUGCUGGCCUCGGGUAUGGGGUUCUCUGCCAGUCUUUGGACUGGCCCUUCAAGGAGGUAGAAGUGGUUUUCUUGUGUUUGAGCAUUGAAUCCAUGACCUGGACUUCUGAAGGCUGUGACUUCACUAUCCUCACGUUGGCAUUCACGAGGCAUUGUGGUCCCAUCCUUCCAAGACACAGGAAGGAAGGCAGAGGCUCCUCAGAGCCUUACGGCAGGCCUAGCAGGUAGGGCUCAGACCAGGGGUCUUUCCUCUGAGUCCAGAACGUGUCCUAUCUACCUCAGGGUUGGGUGGUGCGAGGCCCAGCCCUGGCCUGGCUGUGUCUGUAGUCAUUGCCCUCUCAUCCAGCCUGUGUCUGACCAUUAGGUCCCUUCAUCUCUAGUAGGCCCUAGACACACAGGAGUUGCUACCCAGGGAGGAACACACCUGGGAGUAGGGCAGCUCUGGCAUCUUCCCAGGCCCCCUUUCCCUGCAGGGUGUGGAGCUAGGAGUCUCAGUAGGCCAGGGUCUAUUUUACCAGGAAUCUCAGUGGAGGUCCAGAGGCAGACUCUGCCACAGAGGCCCAGAGUCUGAGCUGAGGCCUCACUUUUAAAGCCACCUACCUACCUUGAGACCUAUUUUGCUCCCUCCCUUACCUGCUGUCUCCCUCCUAGGGCAUGAGUAGAACUCCCUUGUCUGUUUCUAAACUAGUGUUACCUGUCCAGCACACCUCCCUCCCUGCAGGCUUUUGUCUGGCAGGAGACAGCAACACCUCCUGGGACUCUGUACAUGAUUUUAAGCACUGGAGGAAACACCUCAGCAGUUUUGUGGUCUGCUAAUUGUGUGCUGCACAGCUGCCUGCUGUGGGGCCUGCCCAGCCCUGAGGGAGGCUAGUCAGCGCCUCCCCACUGCACCCCUGUAGGCAGGAGGGAGCAGCCCAUCAGCCUAGGAAGCCAGCAGCCAACCUUUAGAGCUCAAGGUGCAGGGACAGCUCACCCGCGCCCAGUCCCCAGACCUCACCUUUGACUGCCAGAAUGACAGCACCCACCACCAUGAUGGCCGUCUGCAGGGCAUCUGUGUAUAUCACGGUGGCCAGGCCCCCUGCAAGAAACAAGGUUGCUGGCUUGAGUGUCCCAGGAGAGUUUGACCUCAUCACAGGAGCUGCUGGUGGGGCCUGUCCUUGCGGAUGGGCAAGCUGCACCAAAGUACCAGAGCUGUUAGCCAGGCCCCCGAUCCCCACCCGACCACCUGUGAACUGGUCACCAUCGGGCUCCCCAUGCUGUGAGGUUUCUCCUGCACACAUCCCUGCUGGCUCCCCAUGGGUCCUCAGGACCCGUACCUGCAAUGGUGUACAGGGCUGUAAUUGCCAACGUGAGGAUGGUGGACAGGUAGAAGUUCCAGCCCAGACAGAUAUGGACAAACAGGGCUCCUGCGUACAGGUCAAUCUGGGGGAAGCAGAGUUGAGCACAAGACAGACAUUACAGUGAGCUACAGGGCUCAGAGUCGGGGUGCUGUACUCACUGGCUUUGUGAUCUGGCUUAGGUGUUCCAGGGAAGAGAAACGAGACCCCUCUCCCAGCUGUUCACUACCUGGUGGGGUGGUUGAGGGUGGGAAAGAGAACUGGCUGUGGGCAGUUGUGUGUCAUGUUCAGAUGUAUGGCGGAUGUUAUUGUCACAAUAAAAUUCAAAGUGGCCAGUGCCCAUCAGAGAGCAA